AUUUCGUACAGUCUUAAUUGAGCUUCCUGGGCCAUGCCUCAUACAAACCCGCUAUAUAAAUCUCAUAGGACUUGCAGUAUCAUCUUCAAGAAAAUUUAUGGGGCAACUGAAAGGUGUUCUUCCGUGCUCACUGGCCAGGUUACAUACAUCAUCAUCCUUGAUCAACAUAAAACCAGAAUCGCUGUAUCUCUUCUGAAACCCCUAUCUCUGGAUCAUACGUAUUAUAUUUUAAAUCUCAAGAAUGAUUUCCACUGAGCAAUUCAGCCCAAGAUUCCAGAAUUAUCACCAACCAAAGCCGUACCUCGGCGAGGUGCACAGAGAAGUGGAGAUUCAAAAAGAUCCUCAGCCAGGACGCGCUAUCAAGGCGAUCGGGAAUAGAGUGGAUGACUUGAUCCGUUCCUUAGAGCUCCAGAGCUUCCCGUCUGAGAUCGCUAAGUACCAAUUGGCCAGCCAGGAUAAGUGGGAGGCUCUUCACCAGGUUGGAAGCAGCGAAGACUCUCGUUCGGAAGGCGGGAUGAACGGGAGGAAUCUACAUCGAUUCCUUCUGUCUGAUUGUCGCCAGUUCUUGUCGUCCGACUUGAUGGCCGAGCAGAGCUUCAAGUCAUUAGAAACCAAGCUGGGGAUAUGGGGGGAGGAAGAUGGACCACGAAAUCUGCCGAUACUUUUGGCGCGGAUUCCGGAGACAAAGCAAGCGGAACAGUGUUUAGAAGCGUACCAUCAGAGCUGCGGAUGGAUCCAUCGGCUAUUCCAUUGGCCUUCCUUUUGCGCCAAAGCUUCCCAAAUGCUUUCCCGCAAGCACCGGCUUUCGUACUGCAACCAGCCCGACAUACAUUGGCUGGCCAUGCUCUUUGCGGCGUGUGGACUCGGCCUUUGGGCCGCUCACUCUACCGAUCCCGAGCAGUCUCAAGAAAACGGCCUUCCGAGAACCAAACAGGGGCAACGGAGACUAGCUUUGAGUUGGCUGAGGUGCGCAUCCAGUGCACUGGUGCUUGGGCAACACGAUCAAGAUCCUUCUUUGGAUUCCCUACGAGCAAUGUCGCUGUUGUUGUGUUUUCCACUUUAUUUUUCAGAUGACCCAUCAAUGGAAGGCGCGAUGGAAAUGAUCAUGCAAACCAUCCACCUAGCUCGACAGCUCAACUUGGACGUGGAUCCGGACGAACUUCCUUGCAGCCACAUGCUCCAGAGCGAGAAGACUAAAGACGAACGACGAAGGUUUAUGGUGGCGAUCUUGUGUCAAGAGUUUCAAUUGGGCGGCUUGUUUUGCAAGAAAUCGUACUUCGAGCCGCCCACUCAGUUCACUCUCAAGAUGCCGAACCACCUCUACGAUGAAGAAUACUGGCCCCAAGGAGCUCAUAGCUCUAUAGCCGAUUGUGAUGGCAUCUUAUCUAAGAGCUCCGCUGAAGCUCACCGACCCACUGAGCUGGAUGGGGUUGUAUCCCGUUACAAAAUCGGCCAGAUAUGGCAAUUGAUAGGGAUCAGCUUCAGCGAGCAUGCGGGUCCACCAGCCCAUGGCCGUGUCUUGGACCUUGAUCAACAACUGCUGGAUGUCGAGAAGGGAUUCCCAUCUACUCUUCAAACAACGUUCGAGCCUCACCGGUGUGUUCUUGAGCCUCUGCCGACCCGAGGGACGAUGGCCGACAUGGAUCGGCUCGCAUCUCAUCUCGUCCUGGCUAGUGCACAUGUCCGACUUCAUCGGCCUUUUGUCAUUCCUCGUCAAGGGGUCUCAGAGGCUCAUCGAGAAUCCCAUCGGAGAAGGAUCUUACAUUACGGACGGCUUAUCCUGGCCGUCCACGAAUCCGACCAUCUUCCCCUCCUCAAGCAUGUCUCGAUGAGUUUGUUUGUGCUUGCAGCCAGCAUCGCGCUUUCGGUCCUGUUAAUCACGCCCACAGGUCCAUCAGAAGAUUUACGGAGCCUGCGGCAACAAAUCUAUCAAGUUUAUAGCGCCUAUCAAAACACCUCUCAUCAGAACAGCAUGCUUUGGAGUCGCAGCUUCAAAUUGCUCGGGCUGCUCUUGGAGACCGAUAAGAAGAUCCUGCUCAAUCCGGAAUACAAAAUCAAUCUCGCCCUCUUAGAAACCUUGUUGCAAUGAUUACUCAUCAUUCAAAUACUUACGAUUCUAAACCUAAUAGAUACAAAUACUAUAUAUAGAUGUAACAUUAUUGUACUAAUAACUCUGUCUUCAAUAUUCGCGUGAUUUCUAGUAAUAAUAAUAUAAACAUGAGCAACACUUGAAAAACAAAAAUAUAUCUCCUAGCACAGAUUCAUGAGUUUUGAAAGGAAGAAUCUUAAUCACUCAAUACAUGUAUCUUAUUGAACACAAUAGCUGGCCUUUUUCUAAUCGGACUGACAAAAGCUACCAUCUCUUUUUUUUGCAUGAAAUGUUCCUUAGUUUUUUUUUCCCAAAGAAUGAUAAACAUAAAAAUCC